AUGCCGUUCGGGUUGAAGAAUGCAGAUAUAGAGGAAACCUUCGGGAUGCUGAGGACAUACGGGGUCAAGAUAAAUUCCCAAAAGUGUCCGUUCGGAGUAAAAAGUGGGCGCUUUUUGGGGUACAUCGUUACCGAGCGAGGUAUAGAGGCGAAUCCAAGUAAAGUGAAAGCGCUGCAAGACAUGUCGCCCCCCAGAAAUCUGAAGGAAGCUCAGCACCUUACGGGACGAAUAACCGCACUGUCCAGAUUCAUCUUGAAGACCGUCGAUCGGAGCUUGCCUUUUUUCAAGAUUUUGCACCGAGCCACCAAGUUCCAAUGGGAUGCAGAGUGCGACAAAGCCUUCGAGGAGCUCAAAGAUGCCGAGUUUCACUACACUGGUCUCGAGAAGUUAGCUUUUACGCUAGUACUCGUCGCUCGAAGGCUCCGCCCUUAUUUCCUAGCUCACCCGAUCGUUGUGAUGAUAAACAGCCCCCUGGGAAGGGUCCUUCUCAAUCCAGAGGCGUCCAAUCGGUUAAUCAAAUGUAUCACAGAACUUAGUGAAUUCGACAUACGGUAUCAGCCCCGGACGGCAAUCAAGGCACAGUCGUUAGCAGACUUUAUCACGGAGGUACAAGAUCCCGAGCCCGAAGCCACCUGGAAGGUAUACGUGGAUGGAUCAUUCACUCGGCAAGGAAGUGGGAUCGAUGUGCUGUUAAUUUCCCCCCAUGGAGAACGAAUUCACUUGUCCGUACGACUAGAUUAUCGGGCGACCAAUAAUGAAGCGGAGUAUGAGGCGCUAAUAGCAGGACUGCAGGCCGCUCGGCAUGUGGGAGCCAGUAAGGUCUUGAUUCAUUCAGACUCACAGUUGGCUGCUCAGCAACUCUCGGGAGCAUUCGAGAUAAGCAACGUCGGGCUCAAGCUUUAUGCGGGAGCCUUCGAAAAACUGAAGGUCAGUUUUCAAGCGGUGCUCGUCCAGAAGAUCCCCCGAGCGGAUAAUCAGGCUGCAGAUGAGCUAGCUAAGCUAGCCAUCUUGAUAUCACCGAUCGUCAUCCAACAGCCGAUCGAGCAGGUAUCUCUGGUUUCCCACAUCGACAGGAUGGAGGGGCUCACAUUUCCAAAUGACUGGCGGGCGACUAUAGCAGAAUUUCUGAGGUCGAGAGCAACACCCUCCAAUCGGGAGGAAGCACAUUUGCUAAGGAGGAGAGCUAGUCGGUUCGUCCUCAUUGGCGACCAGCUCUACAAAAAGGCGUUCUCCAGGCCUCUGCUCAAAUGUGUUGGUCCGGAAGAUGUGGACUAUAUUCUGCAAGAGGCUCGGCUCGACCAUGACGGGGGAAGUUGGGUAGACGAGCUGCCCGGUGUAUUAUGGGCACUCCGAACAAUGCCCAAGGAGGGAAUGGGAAUGACCCCAUUCCGCCUGGAUUAUUGGGGGGAGGUCAUCGUCCCAGUAGAGGUCGGGAUAGAAUCCGAUCGGACCCAACACUACGACGAAGACAAUGCCGAGCGGAGGCACUUGGAGCUGGACCUGGUGGAUGAGAUGCUAGCAAGGUCGUCGUUCGGCUGA